AUGGCGGCGUCGGAAGCCUGCGCGACGAUCGGGUCGCUCGACCACGAGACGACGAUAACAGCGAGCGUGGACACGCCGGCCGUGGCCGUGACGACGCGCUGGGAGGGCUACCUCCAGAAGCGGUCCGACUGGCUCAAGCAGUGGGAAGCCUACUACUUUGUGCUGCACGGCUGCGCGCUCUACUGCUAUCUCUCGGCGGACGAGGCGAAGCGGCAGCCCGAGAACUCCAAGAUCAAGCACGGCGCCUUCUCGUUCACGUCGCACGUCGUUCUGCAGCACGUCGUCUCGAUCCACGGCCACGGCGC